ACCUUACUCAGCCAUGUCGACUGGUCGUCCCUCCGGUCAAAGGUCGCACUCUGCUGUGAGAAGGCAAACAGCUACUAAGCCAAAUCCUUCCCAAGCCUCGUUUACACCUGAUCCUGAUACCGAGUUUCAACCUUGUGCCGCGACCGCCUCAUUCUUCCUCUACGCUCAGAGAAACAUUGUUCUCUGUUUGCACCACGAUACAUUAGCAAUAGAGCGACGCUUCGAUCGACAUCAAGAAGACGUACUUUGGAUAUGUGCAGACACUGUCAGUGAAAGAGGUGCGGGCCGUUUGGCUGUCAGUUAUGAUGCAGGGCAUACUGCGAUUGUUUGGGACAUCUCAACAGGAGACGAGAUUGCUCGCUUCGCAUCGUACGAACAUAUUAGAGUGGCAGCAUGGAUGAAAAAUGGGAAUAUUGCCUUCGGAAACGCCCAGGGAAAUGUAAUAUUGUUCGAGCCUUCUACUUCCGAGCACAUAUCAGCUCGUACUAUCUAUGAUCCUAUCACAGCGAUAGCCCCAGCAGCCGACUCGCGGACUUUUGCGAUCGGUUUCCUAAACGGCUCAAUCUUGAUCGCGACAUUGCAACCGCUUUUCACAAUUGUGCACAGUCUGACGACAUCGAAAGCGCCUUCCCGAAUCGCAGGACUUUCCUGGCAUGGCUCUUCUUCGCGUCAAAAGUCUGAAAUGCUUGCUACUCAAACCGCAGAUGGCGACCUCAGAGUCUGGAGUAUACCAAAAACAGCUGUCAUCGGAGAAACACCAAACAUUAUUCGGAUAUUGAGCCGAUUGGAAAGUAGAAGCCUAGGACCUUGCUGGUUCUCAUGGUCGAAAAAUGGCCGCAUCAUUCAAUACACAGAUGNNGAAACACGCUCGUGGGACGUCCGCACCAAGAACGUGAACUUCCAAUCUGUGCCGACCGUUGAUGCUAUUAUCGGCAUUGCAUGUUACGGCCCGUCCUCGACACUCUUUACCCUUGGACAAAACCACACGGUACAACAGUACGAUGUAAACCCAAGCGAAGUUCCCAUACAAGUUGCCAGUAUACAGCAUGCUCCUGGUCCACUUCCGCCAUCCCCACCAAAUUCAAUUGAAGAGCAAAAGAAGGAAGAGACGGCCAGAAGACAAGCCGCAGCAAGCGCUGCUCCACUGCCUNUUGCCUACGCGGAUGCGGACUCAAGCGAAGGUGAGUUAGGCACAAUGUCUCCACUCGAGAAGAUUGCAAAAGAGAUGGAUCAACUAGAGGACGAGAAACAAGACCGACUUGGUGCGCUCAGUCCAACAUCUAGCAGAGCUUCCUCAGUAAGCUCUCGAUCAUCCAAUGGAGGACGCAGAGUGCCGUCAUAUCGUUACGACAAAGCACCUUCAUCUCGAGCCUCCGAGGUAUCCUACAAUGAGGGGACCGAGUUUCCGUUUGGUCUACCCUCGAUAAAGCCUCGCGAAAGCGUCUCUAUCCGCUCAACAUCUUCCUUUCGUUCCUCAGGCCUACGCAAAGAAGUCUUGAGAAGCCCAGACGAGGUUCAGCAGACGUCGCAGAUGGACCUUUUCCCUUAUGCUCGGGCAAGACUUCGAGACGUCCCUUUUAGAACUCCUCGUUAUGGCCAAGCUGCUCGCACUUCCGACAUAUUGCGACAAGAAAUGCUAAGUGUAGUUUUCGGAUGGAACGAUGACAUCGAGUCUCUAGUGCGCGACGAAUGUGAACCUGGAUCGGCGAGCAGCGUACUUCUCUCGAAAUGGCUUGGUGACUUUGGCGCAGACACCAUGGCCGCUAUGGUGGGUUCUGAAAACAUGACUUCUUCCGACUGGAUGUUACUCGCUUUAAGCUCCAUGGGCCCAUCUUCUGCAAAACAGGUUGGUCAAGCAUUCGUCCAGAGACUAUUAGAAAAGGGUGACAUCCACCCUGCAGUUGCGGUGCUUUUGGGAUUUGGCGAACACAAUGAUGCUAUCGAAGUCUACGUCUCUCGUGGCUACUACAUGGAAGCAAUUCUUCUGACUUGCCUAACCAUGCCGUCAGAUUGGCAGAGGCAAUCCUACCUUGUUCGUAAGUGGGGUGAAGCUUCUGUUAUGCAAGGUCAACCAGAACUCGCGGUUCGCUGCUUCUCGUGCACAAGUCUCGAAAGCUCAGAUUCCUGGUCUUCGCCUCGAGCACAAGACGCAACCUUCUCCAGUACAAGAGAACAGGGUAUUGGCCCCUCUCCUCUGAGCNCCCCACUUUCUCCGCCAUUCGCUGUUCGUUCAAACCGGAAAUUGACGAGAAAUGGAUCGCUCAAACUCAUCACGACAUUUGGUGACAAGNGGGCCCCACUCGUAUUGCCUUCCGCAGAUCAAAGGACACCAAUGCCAGGCAUGCUCGGUGUAGGUGUUACACCAAUAGCCGAGUCCGCCAUCUCACCUGGUGGUGCAGCGCCCUGGCUUCGAUCUGGUAGCAGAUUCGACCGAGACCCGUCGUCCGCGAGAACGGCUACGCCCGGUGGAUAUGCAAGAAAACAACUGCCUUCCAGGAGUGGAACAUCAAGAACUCGAGAUACGUCGCAGACUCCUUUGACGGCUCGUAGAGAGGUAUCAGGACCAACACACAUGACCGAAAGUUUAGAGCCCAAACGAUUUGGUCAUGGUCGCCACUCUUCGUCUGUCAGCUCGAGUGAGAAGUUUCAAAGCUUGGAGCAGGCGUCACGGCAGCCUUUGCAGCCAGAUCGUCUACCAUCCCCAAGUAACGACGUUUUUGCGCGCCUGAAAAACGAUACGCGCACCAGGAACGGCUCACGAGAGAGAGCCAACAGCGAUCUCCAUGUACAAAUCUUUGAUACGGUCUACAUGCCAACGCAGUCUUCUCAAAGUUCUUCCGCCCAGUCUGCCCAUCCUGAUCCUUUCACAGAUUCCCGUCAUAAGCAGCAGGAUCACCCAGAUUACACAUCAGAUUAUCGUGGUCGGUCGGCAAAGCGAUAUAUCGGUGCACCCAAAAGAUCACCAUCAUCACCGAUUCCCAUGUCACCUGACGAAGUUAUGGCCAGUCGAGCAAUGGCUGCAGCCGCUAAGGCAGACGAGUCUUACUACCGGGAGCCGACGCCACAGAGCACGACCUCCAAUACAGACCGGACCUCGCGAGCAAAUAGCCAAGCCCCGAAUAGACAGAGGGACACUAGCCAGGUGGACCAGCGACUUACGGUCAAUAAACGUGACAGAAGCGAAUCUCGUACGCCAGCAAGACCUUUCCCUCGUUCGCCAUCGGUUUCUGCUGCGACAACUAAUGAAUCCGUCUUCAUGAGAAGUGAGCCCCGACAGAGACUUCAAGUCAGCAGGAACAGAGCAGUCUCUGUACAAGAUGACAUUGAAUCCAGGACUCAGACCGAUACUGUGUCUGAGAAUCCUAGAAAGAGCCUCGAUGAAGACAGCUCUGCUUCUGAGAAUCCAAACGAAGGGAUUGUGCGCCGCAGAGACCUCCAAAGUCUGACCAAGAAGCAACUUGCCGCUCGAGAGCUCGAAGAGAGGCGCGCUUCCUUAGCCAGGCGUCCGUCUGCACCAGCGAUACCCUUGCCCAGCGAUGUCACGACGCCUACAAAAAGGCCUUUCAUGGCUCCUCGACAUCAUACCGAGCUCGGAGAUACUCCUAGCUCUUUUAUGCCCNCCUAUUCUGCCGGUCAGAUUAUCCGUAGUCAUACGGCUGAUCCAGAGUCUAAGGGUCGCUUUCCACCUACAAGAAGCACGGGUACCUCGACUCCGACAGUUCCGAUUGGACUGCCAGCUACUCCAAGAGCUAUGAGACAUCCACGAUACAUGUCUGCUGAUCCCAAUGAACACGAAGGAAUACCUGCUGUCCCUCACAUUCCCGAGACUCCACCUCAACUUACACCUGCUACUUUCCAGCAAGGCUCACCUUCACCGAUAUCUGCUGAAGACGAUCAAGUCGCUCCUCUUCUUCCUUCGACGGUUUUUGGGCAGUCAGUACCUCUGUCUCCACCGCGUUCCUCGUCGGCACCGCCCGAGACGAACAUGGACGGCACUCCAUGGCAUUACAAGACGGUGCUGCCGCACUCUUCCCGACGUGGAUCUGCCACUAAAGGAACUCACAUUCGAAAACUCACACCCACGGAGAACAACUUCCAGCCUCAACAAAGUCCUUCGUCGACCAGGCCUAGCAUUGACCAGACUCUGCACGACGCCCAAAUCGUAAUCGUAGAAGACUCAGAGUUGAUGCUACCAGAACUUCAGCAUCUCGCGGGCCCUCCACCUCCACCUCCACCUCCAUUGAUGACAAACAGGCGGGGUAGCGGUCUGGGUGUUAUCAACAUAGCCAUUGGAGAAGAAGAGCCCAUGAUCAUCGACACAGUACUACCCAGCAUGUUCUCCAGACAACAAACCCAACCUGACGGUAGUAUGUCUCGGGCGAAAUCCACUUACGAACCUUCUCCCAUUACGACCAGUGCCGCAGCUUCCGAAGCGUCGCUCUCGUUACAGAACGCAAUGCCUCCACCACCGCCUCCACCGCCAGCACCACCUUUACUCGUCGAACAGUCAGAGAACUCUGGCGAUCCAGGCCGAGGAUAUCUUCACCCUCGUGAAGUUCGAGUGAAUAUGCCACCUGAGACUCUCUUGUCGUCAGGAGUGUACCAACCGGAUAACAUGUUC